CAUUUGUAAACAAUAAACAUUGCUACGUUUACUUCCGUCUUGCUGGAAGUUCGUCGGACAUCGACUUCACUGUUGACGCAGUUGUUCGCUGGCUUUAGCCAGUUUGCUCCGGCAUGUCCAACACAGAGUAGCAUUGUGCCUCAAUGCAGGGCUCAUUGUGACUCUACUAGUAACUAAACUUAUUGUAGAGGCACAGCCUGGCUGUGGAGCAACCUCAAAAUGUGGCUCAAAGUGUUCUUGCUGAUGGCCUACAUCCUCCUGCUCUUCGUUUUGUCCCGGGUGCUGGAGGCUCUGUCAUGGUGUGAAGUAGGCUACGGAGGAGUCUUGUCUCGGCAGUUGCUGGACCCCAUGGCUCUGUCUGUGGCAAAGCUGAAAGCCUUGUUAGAGCAGAGAGGCGUCAGCUAUGAGCAUGUGGUGGAGAAGUCGGAGCUGACCAGCUUGGUGGAAUCUUCUGGUCAGCUAACAAGUGCUGAGGUUGAACUUGCAACUGCCGAAGAGAAAACUGUUGUCCAGACGAACUUCACCUCUGGGGCUCACUUUAUUGAGCAGGUGGAGGAUGCCAAAGACAGCGUGUGGCUGGUUCAAGUUGUGUUACAUCAAGACCAGCUGCGCAUUGUUGGAGAUGCAAGAUGGAAGGCUGUCAGGCGAAAAGUUUCGAAGUUUGGUGUUCACACUGGUCUUUUAGACUGUUCGCUUGAUAUACGGUAUUGUGACCAAAAAGGCUGGCGUUCCCCUUUCCUUCUGCUUGCUCUGCCAAGCCAGUUUGAGAAAAAGGCCAGCAUAGCCAUGCACAACUAUUCUGGACCGGUCCGGGAAGCUGUUGUUAUGCAUUGGCUUAGGGAUCGCCUUGCGGAGCGUUUGGAGCACAUUACUGAUCCUGUCACCUUUCAUUACAAAUGGCAGAACUUCACCAAAGAUCCGCUUGACCCAGAAAUUCAUGCUGUCCUCUUCACAAAGGCUUCUCGUCCUCCUCUUUUCUACUCUGCUCUCAGUGUCAAAUUUCCUGGUCGGGUUAAAUUUGGCAUUGUCAACCUGAACUCUCCAGUAAUGAAGUUAGCUUUGUGGAACCAUGUGUUGCAAAAAGAAAAGAUAUGGAGACUCCCUGCUUACGUUGUUUACUCUGCUGAAGGAAAGUAUGUGUAUGGUCACAAGGGCGGGGAACAUUUCUCCUUUACCAGUAUGGAAAGGUUCCUGAAAUUUCUCCACCCUUGCCUUAAUGAUGUGUUUAUAAUAAGUUUUUGUGUUGCAAAUAUUAUGUCCUGGUUUGAGCCUCUUAUUUCUAAUUGUGGAAUUUUGAAAAGAUUCAGGAAAUUAAUCUGGUGCACUUUUAAGUACAAUAUCAUUGUCAUAAUGCUUUGGUUACCAAUAAUAGGUAUAUUUCAAAUGCCGUAUCUAGACCGAGUGCCUCUGUCAUUUCUGAAAUUGGAACGAAUGUUUAGUACGUCAUAUUUAGGCACAAUAUUCCGGGGUGACUGUGCAUUUUACUUUGACAGGCCACUGUACAUUUAUGUCACUUUUAUACUUUACCUUGUAGCAGUAACUCUUCUUUGUAAAAGGUACAGAGAAAAUGAAGAUGAGGCAGAAGAUUGGUUCAACUUUAGCCACAUGGCAACAUUAGCUCACCUGAGACCAAAUGACUUCAUAGAACCAAUGCGGAUCAGCGGCUAUGACUUGAUUGGAGGCUUGGAAGUUUUUGGCUCACGUCUGUCCCAACCAUCUUUGUGGUUACAACCAACCAUUUCAUCAGAGUACAUACAGUACCUCCCAACCUGGCGCUAUACACCAGUGCCCAUUGCCAAGCUGGCUGCUGAAAAUGCAGCCCGCAUGCAUUCAACGCUGACUACCAUUUGCAAAACGUCUAGCUCAAACACAUGUUGUGUGGCAAGUUCGACCCACAACACUGAAACUGUUCACCAUUGUAAACUGUCUCACCAGGAUACUUUGAGUGUCCCUGCACCAUCUUCUACUUCCAACCCAGAAAUAUGUUGUGUCUGCGCCAGUUGUUUUCAGUCUUCAAAGAACUUUGCAGUAUCAGGAAAUUGCCAGGUUCAAGCAAGUGUGUCGUCCCCAAAUCCAACUGAAGCAACAGGCUCAGGUGCUGACCCACUAUCUCAACCUCACUGUAAAUGCCAUCCUUGCUGUUCCCACCACACCCCUGCUAUUGCGGCAUAUUCAUCCUCAGUCACCUCUCAAAGUCAGAGUCAGAAACCCCCUUACGCUUCGAUGCAGGAAAACUUAAGUACAGGACCAUGCUGCUCUCCUACUCAGCCAACCAAAAACGAGUCUCAAUCAGUCCCAGUUGGUCAGACCAGUGAAAGUCUAGGAACAUCUCACCAAGGACAGUCAGCCCAGCUUUCGGAAAGGCCAGCAACAAGCAACAAUAGCGGAGUCAGUGUAAGCACCAUUUCCUCCACCACCCCCUGCAGCACUCUUUCUUCUAACGCGUCUAGCUCCACCAAUUUAAAUACUCUUAUUCAAUCUAAUGGUUUCCCUUCCAGCUCCACCGCUGCGAGGGGUCUAGUGAUUCGUCCGAGUGGAUUCCCCCCUGGCUAUGUGGAAAGUCAUCAGUGUGUGAUCUGUCUGGAGGAGUAUGUUCCUCUCACAGUUCUGUGUGGGCUGCCGUGCGGGCAUGUAUUCCACGAAACGUGUAUCUUCUCCUGGCUGAACAGAGAGAAACAUUUUUGUCCGAUGUGUCGAUGGCCAUCCUACAAGUUGCCAGAAACUGCUUCUGGUCGUAUGUAACGGGGACAUUCUUGUCUGCUUGACCAGUUGAAAAAGUAUUAAGUAUUGUCAGCUCUGAAAUUAAAUGCAACUGUCUCCCGGAGACUUGCUGUAAACUUCCAUCACAACAACUGCCUUCUCCUUGAUAGCUUGAAAAUGAUUAUUUUUUUAAAAAAUAUCUUGCUUCCCUGAAUCUUCUCCUCCUCCAUCUGCUCAGAAGUACAUUCAGAUAGCUACAACAAGCUCUAGUACAAACUGAGAAAUCCCCUCUAAGAGGUUACAUAUUCUGUCCUUCAGUGUAGCACAGGAGUCCAUUUUCUGUCAUCUUUUUGUCAUUUUCAACUUUUUAAUUUUACUACUACCACUGUUGAUUGAAGCACUUGCGCUGUGGACAUGUUUGGACUUGUUUUCCUCUAAAUUCUUUCUUGCUGGGUCUCUCAUUGUAGUUUCUAGAUUUUUUCUUAGGCCAUUCACUAUAAUGCACUUUCAGGCUCCAGUUUUUCAUCUUAAUGAUCAACUAAUAUGCUUGAGGAAACUAGGCAUUUACAGUUGGAAAAGUUCUUUUACCUCGACAUUUAUCUAGCCUUUCAGAACUUUUUUUUUCAAUCAGAUGCAGCAGGCUUUUUUUUUUUGUUUUCUUGGUUGGUCAUUUUCCUCCCUCUGCUCCGUACAAAGACUGCAUCCAAGGGUGAGGUACAGUUCUGGAGUCUGAUCUUACUGAACGUCGCUAGCGCAUAGUUCAGAGCAGGCGGAAAUCAGUUUUUUAUGGUAGACCACAGUGGCCAGUCCAAAGACAGUUAAUGUUGGUGGCACUUCCUUCAUCUUGUUGACUGGUCGAAUCAAUGUGAGGGGCUGUAGUGUUAUUGCUGUGUCACCAGGUGCUUUUGAGUAAUUUGAGGUGAUGUUUUCUAGAAGCAUGAGUGAAAGUUGUGAGAGCGGAAUGUAUCAAUAAUUUUCUAACAAGUAAAAAUGGAAAGGCUGUAUGAGACAAAAUCUUGAGUUUCUUAUUGUUGAUCCUUUUUUGGUUGUCUCUUGUGAUUAGCGCUCCAGCUUUCUUUUAUUUGUUGCUAUAGUCAUAAUUUACAUGCUGGGGCUUGGACAAAUGAUAAAAUGUAAAAGACUGUGACUGUGUGGUUUUAAAAAUGAGAUGUGUGAAAAAUGUUUAUAUCCUUCAUCGAUUCUAGAUCAUUAAACAUUCUUCCCACUUUUCUUCCUUGGUUGUAUAUUAACAAUCAUGUGGAAACUAAGGAAAUAACAUUAACAAUAUCAAGUCUAUUCACACCAACCAUACUUAGAUCUAGAGAUCCUUUCAUUGUACUAGAAACACUAACAAUAUCUUUGUUAACUGAAUUUGUGUUCAUCGUGCAUAAUGAAAUACAUUUACAAACAUGUUUUAAAAGUAUUAUUGGUAUCAAAAUAAGCUUUGCAUGUUUACUUGCCGGAGCAGAGCUAAUGUGAUUUUUAUUUCUUAUUUCUGGUUUCAUUUCUACUAUGACAAUUCUCAGUUGAAAAUAACAUAUGGUUUUUAUUUUAUGUUCAGUAUGUUUCCUAAAACAAUUUACAUGGUUGUCUGAGAAGAAAAUACCUCAUGCCUCCGAUCUGCAGAAAAAAAAUUGAAAUCCGUAGUCAUUGUUUGUGAAAAAGAGAACUCUGUGAGUACUGUUUCCAGUUAAAGACCGUGAGAAAGAAUGCUGUUUUAAGUUUUCAUUCUCAGUGUGUAUGAUUUGCUCCAUUUGCAAGGGAUUUUUAGUUUCACUUUAUCUUUUUCUUUUAGUUUUGUUUUCUAAAUUUCUGACACUGUCUAAAACCACCUGGUGUGAACUGACCUUCACUCAUCCACCCAGUUCUCUUUUCUCACCAAACUCUUUUCUUAAGCCCCCCCCCCGUUUCCCUACACACUCGCACUCAUGUGUGUGACUAGCCCCUGUCAUCUAAGAAAAAGACAGAGGGGGGAAAGCCAUGGUCUGUGUUCUUCAGAAGCUUUAAAAGUCAUACCUAAACCCUCCAACAAUGAGUCUAUUUCCCUGAGAGUCAUAUUAUAGUGGAAAUAAUUGAAGCAUAUUAUCCUUUGGAGUAUAUAUAGCAAAUUGUCUUCGUUGAAUGUGAACUAAAGGUUGUGUAUUGUCUACGUAUGUGUUUUCCAAAGCUGUGAUUGUUAUUUCUUUAUUGUAUUGCUGUUUAAGAUCAAUAUGAACUCAAAUGUGAUCCAAAAAAGAGAUAAACAUGUGUAUUUAGAGAAUAAAUGACUUUGUUAAGAAAGUUCAGGACAAAUUUGGUACAGCAAAUACAUUGUACUAAGUAACUGCUUCCGCCCUGUGUAUCACCAAACUUUGUACAUAUUUUUAUGAGAACAACCAGAGACUCAUUAAUUUUCACCAUACCCUAUUGUUUCAGACAUUUGGCCAACUAAAGUGACAUCCUGAAAAGAAAUAUCAACCUUUCUGUGCUCUCUUUUUCUCAGCGAGUGGGGAGGGGGGGUGAUACACAGAUGUGUGUGUGUGUGUGUGUGUGUGUUUAAGGUAAAAAGAUAAAAAAAACUAAACUUGUACAUUGAUAGCUUCUCCAUGUAUUGUUUCGGUUGCCCCUGUUUUUAUCCUUAAUUUUCUCUGUCAGUUGCUGUGAGAAUAAUUUCGCUUUAGGAUCAUAAAGUUGCUGUUUAUUUCAUCUUCCUCGCCAUUUUAAGGACAUAUAUUAUGGGAAAAGAGCUGAACAGUGAGACAGUAGUCAGGCACAUGACAUUUGAGAAAUGUUUCCCUAAAAUGAACAAAAAGUCAUUGCAACUAUUGGCAUGUAUGUUUUGAAUUUAAUGGCAAUCCCUAUGAUGUAACCCUGUAUUUGUCAAUAUUUGCCAGAGAACUCAUCCUCAACUCAAGCUGUGAAUGUACCAUGUACAGUUUGAGUAGACAAUAGUGGAGAGUACUAUGGAAGGGAUUUAGAUCUGAAAAUGCGGGAUUUGUCACCACAUAUCAUGAAAAGCAUUUCUAGAAAAUUGUAUAUUCCAUUCACUUGUGAAGUUUCAAAUAUUAUGUUUUUCUGGUAAGUACGGUAAGAUAAGUUGUGCUAUCACUCAAAUAAUUACUUCUCACUGAGACCAAAAAUGUAAAGUUUAUCUGCACAUGAAAUUGUGCCUAGUCACAUGUCUGGUAAGAUGAUAAUACUGAACUUUGAAAUUUCUCAUGUAUUCUAAUUCUACAUUGUCAGUCAACUUAUGUGAUAUUACUACUGCAUUGAAUAAACCAAAUGUAGCGAUGCAACUAAGAAUCUAUGUUAAUCGCAUACUUCCAGAAUUAAAAUCUGCAUUCAUGAAACAGCA